AUGCUGACCGAAUUCGACGAUACUUGUCGAUGCAUCCGUUAUCAGAUAAAUCUGAAAAAAAAGAUGCUCAUGCGAGAAGGAUGGUUCUCGGAUGCUCCAUUCACGCUCAACGGAAAGAACGUAUUCGAAUGCACCAGUAACACCUAUCUGCAUCCGAAAAUAAACAUGACGAACGACUUGACUUGCGAGCUGGGCAGAAGGAGACGAGCCGCGUGGGGAGCGUGUGACUGCAUAAAGGAAAUAGUGAAAAGGACUAUGAACAUCCUCCUCCGUGGUCACCUCUUCAACACCGCCGUAGUUCCUGCUUUGAUCUAUGCUUCAGAAAUGUAG